AUGGAUGACUCACAGACUGCUUUCGUCGCGCAAUACGCUGGCUACGGUUUCGAUCUGGAUAUGAUGAAGAGAUCUAUGGAUACUGUAGGUGGCCCUGACGCCAAGAAGGCCCGCUGGUCCCCCACCUUCGGUGCGUCGAACGGAACGAACGGUCUCUCUUCAGCGGCAGUAAACCGCGACGCCUUUGCCAACUACGGGUACGGGCCUAACGCAAGCAUCGUACAGUCGGGGUUCACUAACUCGCCCCCGUCCAACGCAUUUGGCGGCAACCCCCUGUAUUCGACGCCUCAGCUGAGCAUCAACACCGCGACAGUGGGCGCCAACGGCAUGCCAUCUCAGCUGAGCCCAAACACCGCAGGGCCGUUCACGCCUCAGCAACAGCAGCCAUCACCCAACGGGAACAACGGAGGGAGCCCAUACGGCGGAUUCGGGGGGUAUAACAUGUUGGGGAUGGGCCUGCCAGCGAUGAACAUGCUCGGCGGGUUCCCGUACAACGCGCAUAUGGCGAACUUCACACAGGUGAGCACCCCAGUCUCCGCAUGCAGAGCGGGUUUGCAUGUCGAUCGUACGCAGAAUCUGAACCAGCAGCGGCCUCUGUCACUGCAGAUUCCCGGGAUGCAAGCUGGGCCUUACUCGCCCGCCGCACUGACAGCGGCGCUCUCGGCGCAGAACAAUGCCACGGGACGCACAGUCUAUGUUGGCAACCUGCCCGCGACUGCCUCGGUUGAUGAGCUUCUCAACCUGGUCCACUUCGGGCCGCUCGAAUCAAUCCGGGUGCUGCCUGAGAAAUCGUGCGUAUUCCUGUCCUUCCUGGAUGGUGCGACCGCGGCGGCGUUCCACGCGGAUGCUUUGAUCAAGAAGCUGUCCCUUCACGGGCAAGAGCUCAAGAUUGGCUGGGGCAAGCCCUCCCCAGUGCCUAGCCAGGUCGCGCUCGCUAUCCAACAGAGCAAUGCUAGCCGGAACGUCUACCUCGGUGGCUUGGAUGAGGGGAUUACGGAGGAACAGCUGAGAGAUGAUCUCAGCCGCUUCGGUCUCAUUGACCAGGUGAAGAUUGUUCGUGACAAGAACAUCGGUUUUGUGCACUUCUUGAGCAUCUCCGUCGCAACGAAGGUGGUAAAUACGCUGCCCACGGAGCCGGCCUGGGCUGGCAAGCGCGUCAACUAUGGUAAGGACCGCUGUGCAUACAUCCCCAAGUCACAGCAGGCUGCCGCGCAAGCUGCACAGGCAGCUGCCGCCCAAUCGCUGGUUGCACAGUCCGCUGCAGCCACCUUGUCACCCCUCCAGGCCAAUGGCGCAGGCUUCGGUUCUCCGUUGACCGCAUACAUGCCAUUCUCACCCGAUGCGCUGCAAGGCAUGGCGGGUACUCAGGGUCUCAAUCGAACCGUGUACCUCGGUAAUAUCCACCCCGAGACGACUGCUGAGGACCUGUGCAAUGCCAUUCGUGGUGGUGUCCUUCAGAGCUUGCGGUACAUGCAGGACAAGCACAUCGCUUUCGUGACGUUUAUUGAUCCCGCUGCGGCCCUCACGUUCUUCCAAGUUGCGUCCUAUCAAGGCUUGACGCUGAACAACCGCCGUCUGAAGAUUGGUUGGGGCAAGAACUCCGGUCCUCUCCCACCUGCCCUUGCGCUGGCAGUGCACUCGGGAGCAACCCGUAACGUCUACGUCGGGAACAUCGAGGACUUCGACACAUUUAACGAGGAGAAGCUGAGAAGGGAUUUCGGAGAAUACGGAGACAUUGAGCUUGUCAACUUCUUGAAGGAGAAGAACUGCGCCUUUGUUAACUUCACGAACAUUUCGAACGCGAUCAAGGCGAUCGACGGCGUGAAGAACAAGUCUGACUACGCCAAUCUGCGCAUUGCACACGGGAAGGAUCGCUGCGCGAACCCACCGCGCUCUGGCCCUCAGGGGGGCGCUCGCCGCUCGAACAGCAAUCACGGACCCCCGUCUGCUGGUCCCGUCAGCGCAAUCGAGCCACCCAUCGAGGCAGUCCGCGCAGAGCCCAUGCAGCUGGAUGUCGACGUCAAGCAGGAGGUCGAUGUCAAGCAGGAAACCUUCGACGUCGUCGUCACACCCGUCGACGCAGCCAUCGCUGCCGCCAACUAG